GGUAGUCCUCUCCUCCCUUGCUCCCUUAUUUGGUGCCUGAGGUAUUUUAAUGCGGCGGGGAUUUCUCUCUCACUCAGUACCGAGCUGCCAUCAGUCUGUGCACAACACACUGACCUUGUCCAGCAAUGGCCGAGAAGGAGGCUGAAGAAGCGACCUCGCAGAUUAACAAUGAGGAAACAGCAGAGGGCCAAGAAAAUGUUGAAGAAACUGACCUGGGGCCUUUUGUAAUAAUCCUUGGACAGCAGAUGCCUUCUUCUUUCUUCAAGUUCCAGUUUAAAAAUGUAGAAUAUUCAUCUGGGAGGAAUAAAACAUUUUUGUGCUAUUCAGUGGAAGAAGAGGGUGCGGAGUGUCGGAAAACUGAAGGAUAUGUGGAGGACGAGCACACAACUAUGCAUGCUGAAGAGGCCUUCUUCACAGACGUCUUCAAGGAGUGUGAUGGCAAGCUGAAGUAUUCCAUCAUUUGGUACGUGUCCUCCAGCCCCUGUGCGGCCUGUGCUUCCAAAAUUGUAGAGUACCUGAAGCAGAGUCCCAACAUCUGUCUCACCAUUUUCAUAGCCCGCUUAUUCAUGUGGGAAGAGCCCGAGAUCCAACAAGGCCUGAAGCUACUGAAAGCCGCUGGUUGCCGAUUGAGGAUCAUGAAGGCUCCCGAGUACAACUACUGCUGGAACACCUACGUCGAAAAUGAGGGGGAAUCGUUUGCACCCUGGGAAGACCUACCAACCAGUAGCUCGGCUUAUGAAGGGAUUCUUAAUGACAUUCUACAACAUGCCUAGAAGGAAUAUUCAGUGCUUUCAAAGCCAAAUACUUCAACUCCAUUUGGCGCAGUGGGACAUCGGGGAGAGAAACCAAACUCACAUAUUUUAUUUCACUUGGACUGAACUGAGAGAUUUGCUUUCCUUCUCAUCGUGCAUCACAAGUUUAUUGAACAUGUUCUGAUCGUCUUCUACUUCAGUUCAUAGAUGGUAGCUAAAGUGUUAUGUUCCAAUGAAGAGAAAGUUCUAAGCUACCCAAUAAUGAGCGGAACAUUUCAUAGUGUAGGUUUGGAAUAAGGUAAUAAAAAGUUGUUUCAGACAUAGAAUGCCAAUGUAGUGAAUAUUAUUGCGCUAUAUUUAGUAUCCAAAAUACAUCCUGCUACUUUGUGCCGUACAAUAAAACAUUGGCUUUA